AUGAUAAAAAAAACUAAGCCACCAAAAACACGAAUAGCAAACGUUACCGAGAAACCAAAGUGUAAACAUCCGGUUUUGCCAAGAUUUAUAUGUGAAGAGAAGUUAGGAAGGCUUGGAAAUCAGAUGUUCUCUUUCGCCUCAGCUUAUGGAAUAGCCGCCCAUCUUAAUCGAACUAUGGUGGUGGAUCGUUCAACAUAUCUUAAUAAGGUCUUCACCCUUGAUGCCAUGAUGGUGGACAAGUGUGUCUGCGGUGAAGCUAAGCCGAAACAUUCCAAAAAGCAUUGCUCGUUUGACAAGGAUCUUUUAAAUCUUAAAGCAAGUGAAAAUUGCAGAGUUGGACAUUAUCUGCAGUCUUGGAAAUAUUUCGUGUCCGUUGUCCCACAGAUCAAGAAACAAUUCACAUUCAAACGAGAAGUGUUCGAUAAAGCGCUAGAAAUAAUCACGAAAUUCAAGACUGAUUUCUUAAAGAAGCAUUCUGGAAUCAACGUUAAACCUAUUGGAGAAAAUAUCACAUUCGUUGGAGUUCACGUUAGGCGGGGUAAUAUUGCAAACAAACAUUUUAUUGAUUUUGGUUGCAUGGUCGCUCCUAAAGAGUACAUUGAUAAAGCUAUAAUGUAUUUUAUAAACAACUUUACAGAUGUUCUGUUUUUGGUUUGUUCUGACAAUAUGACGUGGAUAACGGCCAACGUUAAUCAAUCAAAUGUUGUAUAUGAGCGAGGUAAUUCGCCGGAAGUGGACAUGAGCGUGCUUAGCCAAUAUAAUCACACGAUCAUUACCGUCGGCACGUUUGGCUGGUGGGCGGGAUUUAUCGCAGGGGGAAUAAUUCUGUAUUACAAACACCCUGCCAAAGAAGGCUCCCGAUUUAGAAAACAUUUCUCAAAAGACUAUUCUGAUUUUUAUUAUCCAGGCUGGAUUGGAAUGGAAUAG